CAUAUACAUUAUUUUUCACUGCAUCUCGCGUCAUAGGUUAAGUGUUUUUCCCAGAACUGUACAUGUAACAACCUUCGCAACAAAAAAUGUUUUUCCAUGUUCUAUUUUUCGCAUUAUUUUCCGUAUGGUAGAUGUAUACCCUAAUUCAAAUAUUACUUUUGUUACACUUUCUUCGACAAGGUUCUCAGAAUUCUGGUUUUCUUCUCCAGAUACGAAGGGCACUGGACAAGAAACAAACAAAGCACGAAAUCCAACAGAGGAACACAAACAAAGUGAUGUACAUACAGCAGAUUGGCACAGGAAGACGACUAGUAGGCAAUCCACCAAGCUCAUCGGAAGAGUUUUACUAAUGGUGUCACCACUAGGUAUUUACUUCCGGCUUGUUUCACCUUAGGGUCCUCACAACCCCAAUAGGUGGGAGAGUGAACUAUGGGGGUAGAUAACUCCCCAAAACUAUUAGCCACAGCACUCAUCACCAAACAUCAGAUGUUGACCCUCACUGUUUAAGUCGACUUGUUAAGCUGAAAGCUUACGGUCAGGCAGCCACGCGAUUUGGAAUGACACUGUGUUAUGUCCAUUCAUUCGUGCACGAUCCCUAGCUAGUUAAGCAAUCAUCUUGCACUCCAAUUUGGUCCUGAAAUAUAAUUCGUAAUUUGGCCGUUCAAC